AAUUGUUUGUCGUACGCGUUGUUUUACAUCGUGAUCAUUCACGAAACAAUUUUUUCACAAUGAAGAAAAGAAGCUUUUCCGGCAAUGUGGGUGUCGGUGUCUUUAUCGCUGCUUUCGUGUGUGUUUGCGUUGCAUUUGGUACACCAGCAUGGUUAGUGAGUGAUUAUCGUAUCACUGGCGCAAAACUCGACAAAUUAGGCUUGUGGACGCAUUGCUUUAGAUCACUUCCAAAUCCUCAAGAAAUGGACGCACCCAGACGCUUUUUCGUUGGUUGUAGAUGGGUUUAUGAUCCCUUCACUGCAGGUUAUUCUGAUAUUCGAGGCUUUCUACUACCUCCAUUUAUGAUAGCAACACAGUUUUUCUUUACUCUAUGCUUCCUGUUGAGUAUGGUAUCAUUUGUAUUGAUAUUAUUGUUCACUCUAUGUUGUGAUCCAGAACAGAAACGUUAUGUACAACUUAUUACGACAAUUGGAAGUUUACUGUUUGUUGGUGGAAUAAGUGGUGGACUAGCAGUAAUUAUAUUUGCUUGCCUUGGAAAUACUGAUGGCUGGAUGCCUGGACAUGCAAACAAUUUCUUUGGUUGGUCCUUUAUAAUAGCAGCUGUGGGUAGUAUGUGGACAAUUAUAGCAGGAGUUCUUCUCCUCGUUGAAGCAAAUGUUCAACGUAAAAAACGAGAGUAUUUAAAAGAAUCUCAAACAAGAUUCCAGCUUGAAUCUCGUACAUGAGUCAGAGUAUUAUUAUUACAUGAGACUUG